AUGGCGCCCACACGAGUCACCUACCGUCGCCGGAACCCAUACAACACCACGUCGAACCGGACGCGGAUCAUCAAGACCCCCGGUGGUAACACGCGGGUUCUGCACAUCAAGAAGCGCGGAACCGCUCCCAAGUGCGGUGACUGCGGUAUCAAGCUGCCUGGUAUCCCCGCCCUCCGGCCCCGCGAGUACGCUCAGCUCUCCAAGCCCAAGAAGACGGUUCAGCGUGCGUACGGUGGCUCAAGAUGCGGUAACUGCGUCAAGGACCGCGUCGUGCGGGCCUUCCUCAUUGAGGAGCAGAAGAUUGUCAAGAAGGUGCUGAAGGAGCAGAGCCAGGCCGACAAGAAGAAAUAA